UCUUCGUCCAAGAUGCACGAUGCCUUCAAGGUUUCUGUUGCACUUGAUAAAUUUCAACACAAAAUUGAAGCCAUUUUUGCUUAUGGUGACAAGUUACUGGUAGGUUCCCAAACAGGCGCUUUAUCGAUAUACGAAGUUCAUGACCCCUUAGGUGAAGAAUCCUUGUCCGUCGCAUUAAUUGAAACUUUCAAAAACUUUGCCAGAAGUAAAAUUGAUCAAUUGGAUAUUAUUAAAGAGAUUGGUGUGCUCGUCUCACUAGCUGAUUCACAUGUUAGCAUCUUCGAUCUGAAUACUUUUCAAUUACAAAAACAACUCGCAAAGACACGUGGUGCAAAUAUAUUUACUAUUGAUACAAAAAUUGAGAUUAGUCAAGAUGAAGGAAGUAAAGGAAUACCGAUGAUUGUUACACGCCUUGCUGUGGGGGUUAGACGAAAAUUAAUUAUUUUUAUUUGGAGAGAUAGUGAGUUUACCGAUACAAAGGAAUUUGCAAUUGCUGAUAAAAUUCGAACAAUGGCUUGGGUUAGCUCGAAAAAACUUUGCCUCGGACUUGCGAAUGAAUAUGCAUUAAUUGACAUUACUUCUGGCACCGUUACCGAUCUUUUUGCUCCUUCCAGCACACCAAGCUCUGGCACCUCUUCGUAUAUUCCUUAUAUGAUAGGACCAAGAGUAAAUAAGCCGUUGGUAACAAAACUACCAAAUGAUGAGAUUCUCUUGGCGAAAGAUAAUAUGAGCAUCUUUGUUGGAUUGGACGGUAACCCAACUCGUAGAGCUGGGAUAGACUGGUCGGGAAUGCCAGAAGAAAUUGGAUUCUCUUACCCAUAUCUCAUUGCAAUCCUUCCGAAGCAUGUGGAAGUAAGAAAUAUCGUAACGCAAACAUUGGUGCAAAUGGUAGAAUUGCCACAAGCUCGGCUCAUAAACGGAGGCAAAUAUUUAUAUAUUGCCAACAAUAGUACAGUAUGGAGAUUUAUUCCAUAUAAUUUUGAGAAACAGAUUGAUCAAUUAGUUGAACAGUCGGAAUACGAAGAAGCGAUAAGUUUAACCGAGCAGAUUGAACCUAUUCUUUUGGACGAUAAAGUAGAUCUCAAACUUAAAAAAAUCCGUAAUCUCUACGCGCAUCAUUUAUUUCGUCAACAAAAAUUUGACGAAGCCAUCACAAUUUUUCAAGAAUUAGAAACUGAUCCCGCCGAAGUGAUUGCUCUGUAUCCUCCAUCUAUUUCAGGCGAAUCCGAUUCGGAGGGAGAUCAAGAAUCGAUAGAUAAGCCAACAGAGAAAAUAUCAGAGAACGAUGCGGAAUCACAUCAAUUAUCUGUAGCAAACGAACUGGGUUCUAUCACGGGUGAUGAUUCCCAGAAUAUGGCUUCGAUAAAUGAUGAUGAAAAAUUGUCAGAAGCUGAAACUGUUGUCAAAGAAACAGAAAAAAAUGAGAAUAAAUUAGAGGGUAAAAUCCUCGGAGAAGCCGUUUCAGCAUUAAUAAGAUUUCUGACCGAUCGACGGCAAAAAAUUUCGAAAAUUCUUCAUCUGCAAUCACAUCGAUCUAUCGACUCUACACCUCCCGGAUCACCAUCUUCUAAUCGUCCUUCUUUAAAUAGCCUUUCAAAUCUUGACACACACCAAAUUAUGAAGACUGCAGAGUUGGUCGAUACAUCUUUGCUUAAAUCUUAUAUGAUUAAAAACGAUGCAUUGGUCGGACCUCUUCUGCGUGUACCAAAUCAUUGUAACGUAGGAGAGAGCGAGGGACUUUUGUUAGAAAGAAAGAAAUAUAAAGAGUUGGUUGAUUUAUAUCAUGGAAAAGGACUUCAUCAAAAAUCUUUGGAAUUGUUGAAAAUGCUCGGACAAUCUUCAGAAGGCCCAAUGAAAGGAACUUUUCAUACUAUAAUUUAUCUUCAAAAAUUGGGACCGGAUUAUUUUGAUCUAAUACUUGAGUUUGCUUCUUGGGUAUUGGAGGCAAAUCCAGUGGAAGGGAUGGAGAUCUUCAUUGAUGAUCAUCCGGAAGUUGAAAAAUUACCGCGCGAUAAAAUCUUAAAAUAUCUGGAGCAAUUUUCCCCGGAUCUUUGUAUAAUAUUUCUUGAACAUAUUAUACACGAGCUGGGAGAUCAAACAUCUGACUAUCAUAAUCGGUUGAUUAUGGCAUAUUUAAACAAAUUAAGACGAUUGCAUAAUGAAAUUGAAAUCAACGGUGAUUCGGAAAUAAUACAAAAAUCAUUGGUGGAAACGGAUAAAAAACUCUUGGAUUUUUUGGACGAAUCAUACUUUUACAAAGCAGAGAAGAUUUUAGGACAGCUUCGAUUCGACGAUUUCUUUGCAGCAAGGGCAAAACUACUUAGUCGACUUGGCCAGCAUGAUCAAGCGUUACAUAUUUAUGUGCACAAAUUGAAGGAUGAAAAAAUGGCGGAGGAGUACUGUAUUAAGAAAUAUAAUGACAAAAACAAUCCAAUAAAAAAAGUCUUUUUAUCAUUGCUUCGAGUAUAUCUAAAACCAAGCGAUGGAGAAGAAGUUAUGAUAGAGCCAGCUCUACGAUUGUUGUCACGACACGGAACACAUGUCAAUGCCUCAGAGGCCAUAGAAAUGUUACCACCAAACAUAAAAGUGUCACAGUUGUAUGGCUUUGUAGAGAAGUAUAUUCGAGAAAGUAAUCGAAAUAGGAAUAUGAAUAUGAUUGUCAAAAAUCUAUUAAAGGCCGAUCAAUCUCAGGCUCAAGAACAAUUGAUGUUUUACCGAUCCCGAAGAGUAAAGAUUGAUGAGGAUCGUAUGUGUCCUCAAUGUACAAGACGUAUUGGCCAUAGUGUGUUUGCUGUCUUUCCUAAUGGCGUCGUUGUUCAUUAUCAUUGUAAAGACAAGUACUCGACAUCACACGAAACCGCAAUAUGA